CUCGUGGUGUUGUCGUCUCCUCGGUCUGCAGGAGACCUCCUCGCCUGCUGCUCUGCUUCCCCGCCCCUUUAUCUUCCAGCGCGUUUUUCCCGCUACGCCAAGCCGCGCGCGAGAGGGCGUCUCUGUUGCCGCAGGAUCUUCGGGGCCGAGUCCCCCGCCUGCCUCUGCGUCUGCAGCUCACGGAGCAGGAAGUUCCCGCGUCGUCGGAGGCCAGCUUUAUUAUCGUCACGUGACUCGGCGCGGGCAGCAGCCGCUCUGGUCGAGUUCGGCAAUCCGCGCUGAGGGAAAGAAGAGGAGGAAGAGGGAGAAGCCGGGACCCGCUCGACGCCCCCGCCAUGAGGAGCGCUCCCCGGCGACGGCGCCGCGUCCAGCUCGGGGCUCUGUGCCUGCGCGCUGGUCCCUGAACACCGUGCUUUGCUCCAUGCAGCGGCUCCUCCAUUGCGGAAGCAGCAGCGCCUCUCCUGCAGGGACGGCGCUGGCCGCGUCGGCGGGAGCAGCAGCAGCAGCGGCGGCCGCCUCAGCCGCGUGAUUCCCCCUCCGCCCCUCCGCCGCCGCCCUGCGCGCCUGCCUGCCUGCCUCCCAGCGCGAGCUGGAUGGUGCUUCCCCCGGCCCCGCCGGUGCGGCCGGCGGCAGGAGUACUAUGCUGACUCGGGUGAAGUCUGCGGUGGCCAAUUUCAUGGGAGGCAUCAUGGCUGGCAGCUCGGAUCACGGCAGCGGCGGUGGAGGAGGUGGAGGAGGCGGUGGCGGCGGUGGUAGUGGCGGAGGAGGCAUGGACCUGCCGCUGCGCUUCCCUUACGGCAGACCCGAGUUCCUGGCUCUGUCUCCGGACGAGGUCGAGUGCUCCGCCGACCACAUCGCCCGGCCUAUCCUCAUCCUCAACAAGGAGACCAAGCGCCUGCCCUGGACCACGGGAUACGCCGAGGUGAUCAAUGCGGGUAAAAGUACACACAAUGAAGACCAGGCCAGUUGUGAAGUACUUUCAGUCAAGAAGAAAGCAGGAGGAACUAAUUCCACACCAAACAAAAACUCCUCUACUAAACGGAGGUCUUCGUUGCCAAAUGGGGAAGGACUGCAGCUGAAAGAGAAUUCGGAAUCGGACGGCGUAUCUUUCCACUACUGGUCGUUAUUUGAUGGGCACGCUGGAUCUGGGGCGGCUGUUGUAGCAUCAAAGCUGCUUCAGCAUCAUAUUGCAGAGCAGCUGCAGGAGAUUGUGGACAUCCUGAAGAACUCGGCCGUCCCUCCCCCGACCUGCCUGGGGGAGGAGCCAGAAAGCAUGGCUGCUAACACCCGAACUCUAACCAGAGCAGCCUCCUUACGGGGGAGUGUUGGCGCCCCGGGAUCACCCGCCACCCCUCCGACUCGCUUCUUUACGGAGAAGAAGAUAUCUCACGAGUGCCUCAUUAUGGGGGCUAUUGAGACAGCUUUCAGGGAAAUGGACUUGCAGAUAGAGCGAGAAAGGGCUGUGUACAAUAUAUCUGGCGGCUGUACGGCCCUCAUUGUGGUGUGUUUGCUAGGAAAGCUCUAUGUGGCAAACGCUGGCGAUAGCAGGGCAAUAAUAAUCAGAAAUGGAGAAGUCAUUCCAAUGUCUUCAGAAUUCACUCCAGAAACAGAACGUCAGCGUCUUCAGUAUCUGGCAUAUAUGCAGCCACACUUGCUGGGAAACGAGUUUACACACUUUGAGUUUCCAAGGAGGGUCCAGAGGAAGGAAGUUGGGAAAAGAAUGCUCUACAGAGACUUCAAUAUGACUGGCUGGGCAUACAAAACCAUUGAAGAGGAUGACUUGAAGUUUCCUCUUAUAUAUGGAGAAGGCAAGAAGGCUCGUGUCAUGGCAACUAUUGGGGUUACGAGAGGACUUGGAGACCAUGACUUGAAGGUGCAUGACUCAAACAUCUACAUCAAACCUUUUUUGUCCUCGUCGCCAGAGGUGAGGGUAUAUGAUCUUCUCCAGUAUGAGCAUGGACCUGAUGAUGUGUUGAUCUUGGCAACAGAUGGACUCUGGGAUGUACUAUUAAAUGAAGAAGUGGCAGAAGCGGUCACUAAUUUCCUGCCAAACUGUGACCCUGAUGACCCCCACAGGUACACAUUAGCAGCUCAGGAUUUGGUAAUGCGAGCCAGAGGAGUGCUGAAAGACAGAGGCUGGAGGAUAUCCAAUGACAGACUGGGCUCAGGAGAUGACAUUUCUGUCUUCGUCAUUCCUUUGAUACAUGGGAACAGAAUCUUGUAAAACAAACACGAAUACUGGUAAUAGGAAAGGUUUUUUUUUUUUACAGUAAGAACCUCUGGAAAAGGCAGGCUAUCAAGAAAAGAGAUCAAGUUUAACUUAAAAAUUAUGUUCUAAGCUUGGUUAGACUGGGAUAUUUCUACAUGAAACAUAGAGGCUGAAUUGCAAUGAUUUAAAGGCAUCUCCUAGAAACUGCAGCUUCCCUGUGGGGUUUUGUUUUUUGUGUGCGUGCAUAUCAGGACCAGGACUUUAAUGCUGCUAGUAUAUUAGUGAUUUAUUUUUAAUGUCCCUCCUGGUGAGGACCCUAGUGUAACCUGAUAGAAUAUUUUUCUUUCCCAGUUUAAUGUAGCCAGAAAUAACACAUGAGAUGCAAAUUGGGAAAGCUAUUAAAAUUGGUAAUGUAGCCCAUUUCCCCCAUUAUUAAUUGACUGGCUAACUUUGCUUUUGAGCAAAUUUAAGCUCUAAGUUACUAAGGUGAAAAAAACCUAACACGACAGUUAAUUAUUUUUUUGUUCAAAUCUUGUUAAUGUUUCAGUGGAUAAUUUCAAAAAGAUGAGUUUUAUUUAUGUCAAUAAAUCAAGCUUUUCCUCUUGUACACCAUCAUAAACAUUUUGGAACCUUACAGUUACUCUUUAUAUGUUUAGAUGGUGAAGCCAACCUUUUCUCUCGACAAGGUCUAAUCUACACCUCCUGUUAGCACACUUGCCUAAGAGAAUAGGGAAAGCUGUUUGGCUGGAAAAUUUGUUCCUUAUUGUCAAGAUUUUUGUAUUUAUAACUAUGAUGUAGCAGACUGGGAGAAUUCUUGAUUUAGAAAGAUUUCCCCAGAAAUCACCAUUCCUUUGGCACCACACGUUUUCAUUCAUUGAAUGCUUCUGUCUCCUCUAAUUUAUAUCCUGUUGAAAGGAUUGUUAUAUACAUACUGUUUAAUUUAUUGUACUUGGUGAUUUGUCUUCUGAUUUCUCUCUUAUUAACUGUGUAAGGCUGGUAUGUUUCAGAAGUCUCCUCCAGAACAGUAGCUUUUCAUCUUUUUUCCUGCUAGGCUCUUUCAGCAUCAAUUUCGUUUAUUGCUUCUCUGAUAUUGCAAGGGCCAGUACACAUUGCUAGUAGACAUUGCUUGACAUUGUUAAUCCAAAAGGUGGAGGGAGGAGCCAUUGCAG